CAAACUAAGAAGAUACUCCAAAAUAUGUUAGGCCAAGCCAAGUUCAGCAAUGUGAAAAUGACAAGGAAAUAGAGAGAAAAAAACAGAAUAAAAAGUACAGAACAAAAACAAAUAUAAUGAAAUGUUAACAAUAAAUGCCAAAUAAUAAGCCUUGACCUAUUUAACAAAUGGUAAAUUCCAAUAUUCUUAAUGGCUAAAACUAGAAGAAAUGGCUCCAGAAUUUCACCAAUCUUUCACUCAUUCGUCCAACUUUGAUUUGUGCAUUAACUGUCUCUACAUUUUUCCAUGAGACUGCACCUUGGAUUAUCAAAUAUCAAGUGCCAUGAAUGGUAUUUUAAAAAUCUGCUUACACAGCUUCCUGCAAUACUAAAAGGAAAACCGGGCAGAGAUUCUGAUAUUCCAACUUGCAGAAAAUGAACAGACAACCCUAUGACAUGAAAUUCCACCACAGUAUAAAUAGAUCAAAGUGGGAGCUUAACACUCAUCAACAAAAAAAGAAAAACCAAACUUCCUUCUUAACAGAAAGAUCACAUUUCCAAGAGCCAUGGAUAUGAAUGCAGUGAAAGGGUUGGUGGCCGAGAAGCCAGUAGUGAUCUUCAGUAGAAGCCAAUGCUCAAUGAGCUAUACAGUAAAGACACUCAUAUCAAGCUUUGGGGCUAAUCCUACAGUGUAUGAGCUUGAUGAGAUACCCAAUGGGCAUCAGAUUGCGACACUGCUGCUUCAACUAGGAUGCGAGCCAUGUGUGCCUGUUGUGUUCAUUGGACAGAAGUUAAUUGGUGGUGCCAGAGAGCUCAUGAGCCUGCAGGUCAGGAACGAGCUUAUGCCAUUGCUCAUGAGUGCCAGAGCUAUAUGGAUUUGAAACAAAAGCUGUAAAUUCAGCACAAAACUCUUGAGAAAUAUGCUGAUAAUACACAUUUUCUCGUUUUUACUUCGUUUCUUCUUCUUUUUCUCCUUUUUCUACUUUGUUGGUUGGUUUGGGGACUCUUGACUCUAUUUUGACUUCCAAAGUUAAGAAUUGAUAGCACUUUUUACCCUCUUGUUCUUCAUAUAACACACGCUGAUCAUGCUAAAUAAAGAGGGGAUCCCUAUAGCAUUUACAAGAGA